AUGGUGACUUCUUUAAUACGAGCAUUACUCCGUGAUUGGAAGCGGAUGCAGCAUGUUACCGAUGUGGAGACGGUUGGAGAGGGAGCAGGUGUGUGUGGAGGGGGUGUGGAGGCGGGUAGCAACAGGAUUGCGGUGCAUUUGAAACCCCAGGAUAACAAUUUACAUAUUUGGCAUAUAGUGCUGUACAAUGAUACUGGUGAGCUGGAGAUAUAUUGUAUGUGCUAUUUCAAGGAGCGUAAUGAUAUGGAACCUAAGAUCAUUAUGAAGUGUUGUACGCCAAACUCGUAUGUUCCUGUUAAUAGGAAUAUUUGUUUGAGUUAUUUAUCGCCGAUAUUGACGAAUGGGGGUGGCUGGCUGCCGUUCUACAGUCAGCUUCGGUCUAUGUUUUUUGGAUGUGCUGAGUAUAGAGAAACGGAGCAGCUCAUGAAGUCUUGGAAUAGGAUUGUGUGCAAGGAGUUCCGUUGGAAUUUUCCGGCAUUGUGCGGUCAGUUCCAUGUGACGGCUGAGGGAGUAAAUUUAGUGAAUGAGUAUAUUAUAAACGAGAACUUGAGCAUGAGGAAAAAGCGUGAGAAGUUGAACCAGGGAUUUAAGUUCCCACUUGACUCUAAGAAUACGCAGAACGAUAUAUUGGCUUGCGACAACAGCAGCGCUACUGGCUCCGGGUGUGGGGUCAGCGUUGUUGCCCGCGCUGCUGCUUCCAAUACAGACGCACAUCACCAAGAAGAACAGCAGCACCCGCGUGCGAUCAAAAGGCAGAAAUUAUCAGCAGCAAUGUCUGAUUGUAAAUUAAAUGUCGUUCAAGAAGAAGAGGUAGAGGAAGAGGAGGAAGAUUACAGGAGAAAGGGACAGUGA